AGUGGAUCGCCCUGUUCAGUGAAUGGAGUUAACCGAUUCUUCUUUUAUAUGCAACCCAAGUAAAGGCAAUAAUAAUUUGUGCAUUCGAUUAUUAUUCAUAGAUUAGAAAACAAAAGGAGAUAAUACUUGGGAAUAACAUGGGAAUGAAUGAAAUGCGCAUUUAAAAGACGGCGUUUAAAGGAAGUGCGUCAUUAUUGUGCAUCUAGGACCCCGAGUCGAUCUGGCAGCCGAGUCAAUCCGACACCCACAACGGCACUCUGCAAUGGAAGGGAUAAAGACCCUAGAUAUGUCUUCUCUCGUGUCCAGUAUCCUUGAAUGCACGAGAAUAAGACAACAGAAAAUAUUGUACUAUGGAUAGUAGAAUGGAGUCAUCCUGUUUAGACUUGGCCCUGGAGGGCGAGCGACUGUGCAAGGCGGGCCACUACAGAACUGGCGUCUCGUUCUUCGAAUCUGCCAUCCAAGUGGGAACGGAGGACCUGCAGAUACUCAGUGCCAUUUAUAGCCAGCUUGGCAACGCCUACUUUCACCAGCAAGAGUACCCCAAGGCCCUGGAGUACCACAGUCAUGACCUAACACUCACCCGAACCAUCGGUGAUGAACUUGGGGAAGCAAAAGCCAGUGGUAAUCUGGGGAACACACUCAAGCUUCUGGGCCGGUUUGACGAAGCUGGGGUUUGUUGCCAAAGACAUCUCGACAUUACCAGGGCCAUGUAUGACCGGGUUGGGCAGGCCCGUGCUCUGUAUAAUUUCGGGAACGUUUACCACGCCAAGGGGAAAAGCAUUUGCUGGAUUAGAGCAGAGCCGGGAGAGUUCCCUGAGGAUGCCAGGACAGCCCUGAAGAAGGCCACACAGUUUUAUGAAGCAAACCUGUCCUUGGUGCAGGAGAUGGGCGACGGGGCCUCUCAGGGUAGGACCUACGGUAACCUUGGCAACACGUACUAUCUACUGGGGGACUUUGAAAAAGCUGUUUCCGCCCAUGAAAAGCGUUUGCUGAUAGCCAAAGAGUUUGGGGAUAAGUCAGCUGAGCGAAGAGGCCACUGUAACCUUGGCAACGCACACAUCUUCCUUGGUCAGUUUGAUGUAGCCGCUGGCCAUUACAAGAGGACUCUGCAGCUUGCCAGGCAACUGAAGGACAGGGCAGUGGAGGCCCAGGCGUGUUACAGCCUGGGGAACACGUGCACACUCCUGCAGGACUAUGAAAGAGCCAUCGAUUACCAUCUCAAACACCUCCUCAUCGCCCAGGACCUUGAAGACCGGGUUGGCGAGGGCAGAGCGUGCUGGAGUCUAGGAAAUGCCCACACUGCUCUAGGGAACCAUGAACAAGCCAUGCACUUUGCUGAGAAACAUCUGGAGAUUGCCAAAGAGUCUGGAUCCCGGGACACCCUGGGAGAAGAUGGCUUUUUCGACCUGCUGUCCCGUUUCCAGGGCAGCAGAAUGGAUGACCAAAGGUGUUCCCUAUUGGAAAGACAAAGCAGUGUCCCUGUGUCCACCUCCCCCUGGUCCACCCUACCUGUAGCCAAGAAGAAAUGUCAUUUGGCCGGGGAAGUACCGUCCUGGGAUCAAGGGCAUUUUCUGGAGCUGAUGGCCUGCUCCCAGGGCUGUCGCCCGGAUGACCAGCGAGUCAGCGAGAGCCAUUUUCCUGGCUUUCGACUCAGCAACUCAUCCCCUCCGCCCACACUCUCCACCUCUAAGCCAGAGCAAGCUAAUGCCCAAGCCCCCAUCUCCAGUAGCGAUCCUCCCCCCACAUCCUCCCGCGGCAGUCACCUGGACCCAUCUGCUGAGACCCCCGAGGGGAACGACUUCUUCGCCAUGCUUAUGAAGUGCCAGGGUUCCAGGCUUGACGACCAAAGAUGUGCGGCCCCUCCACCUGCAGCCCGGGGCCUCACAGUCCCAGAUGAGGACUUCCUCAGCCUCAUCCUGCGCUCCUAGAACAAUAGGAUGGAGGAGCAGCGAGUAGCGCCACCCCCUGGCGGCUCACAGUCCAAACCCGAUUGAGUCCCGCAGGGUAUUGUUUCUCACACACGCCAUCUCAGGAUAUGAUUUGCGCCUCCGAGACCCCAUUAAUCUCCUUACUGCAGCAUCCUCAUGAUCAUAUUCCAGGAACUAAUCUAUAUGAAUAUGAGGACUCUUUGGAUUUGAUCACUGGACAUUUUUAUGCUGCAUUCAUUUGACAAAUGGGCUUAAUUUCACACAAUUCCAUCUUUUCUGAUAUCUUUGAUUCAUAUAUUUUUAUCUAUAAUUUUUCAGUUCCCCUUAUUGGCAGGAUUUUAUAGCACCAUUAGGCCUCUGAAAGAGUAAAAGUCACCUAAGACACAACGUGCAAUGGCUGCAGCCAGACCCGGCAACAGGAUUUAUUAGGCAAGGGGGCAUCAGAAAUUAACACAAGAGGGAUAACAAUCUUUUAUGUAUUUGCAACCACUUGUGGCCGCAAGAAUACAGGCCAGUGCACUGCUUUAAAAACAUGGAGAAUUCAUUACCAAGCUGUCUUGCCACAAGAGUGCGCUAAUACGCUGGGUAUGACAAGAGAAAGUAAUGUCACAAAACUAAGGGGGCAAAAUAUUUUAAAUGAGGGAGCAUUGCACCCUUUCUGAGAAAUUAGUUUAUAUAUAACCUAAUUCCGCUCCAGAGGAUCAAGAUGCCAUAAUUGGAUUGAAUAUGUUCAUGUGGCGUUGAUUACAUGCCAUAAAGACCUUUUAACCAAUAGAGUGAUAUAGAGGAAGUCCCACAGUGGUACACAUUGACCUCAAGAUGCUUGUUUGCUUCAAAGAAGGGAGAUUAAUGAAUGAUUAACUUGCCGUUGUUCCAAACCUCUUGUUGUCUACAUUUCUAUUAAGGGUUGACUAACUCUCAUUUUUUCAAAAAUGUAAAGCUUUGAUUUUCUACAUUUCUAUUGCUAUUGGCUAUUGUCCUUCCCAUGUACAUAUUGAAAAAGAACUUAAAAAUGAGACCAGAAACACAUUUUAUAUUUUUUAAUAAAACCAUUUGAUCAUCAAGAAGCAGAAUAUAAUUUCCUAAACUUUUAAUAAUGACUUGCUAAGUGCACUACUUUUAUUAUUAUUUUCUAGCUUCAUGGUUUAAAAGUAUUUUGUAGUAUUAUAUCAAUUGUGUUUUACUAUUUUUUAUAUUCAAAGCAUUAUUGCCAUAAUAAAAAUCCUACUCUUAACUCUUAAA